UUCUAGAGUGUCUGGGAGAAGCGGAGCUUCGCGGGAGCUGAGAAUUUAAAGAGAACCCUCGGCACCGCCCAGCCCCCGCACGUGUUACAAUUCUUAUUUUCUAUCAGAAUUAGGCGUGCUGGUGUAUGACCACGUUUAACCGUUGUUACAUUUAGAGUCAGAAUCAUGCCCUUGUAAGGAUCGCAAUACUUGCCUGUUUUAAUACUUGCGUGGGAGGCCGGCCAGUUAUCUACCCCCCACCCCCCAGCCUGUCCUUUGCAGGGUGGAAGGGAGAGAGAGACAUACUUUUCUUGGUGACUUUGAGCAAACCUCUCCCCCUCUCAGUGUGUCAGUUUCCCCAUAUGUAAAGUGAGGGUUUGGGUUGCAGUUUCCAAGUUUGCCAUUGGCAUGCGAAUUCCGGGGGGGGUGGGUGUUUCUUUAAAAAUUCGGAUGUUUGCGGGUGGAGGGCAGGCACACGUGGGUUUUGCAAGCUAGGCAGCUGAUUCUAAUACCUACUCAGGUGUGGGAGGGAUCCUUCCAGCUUUAACCUCUUACUUCCUUUAUAGGACAUAGUAUUAAACUUUAAAAUGGAAACUUAAAACCUGGAGGAAUGCCACUGUGAGACCACUUUGCAGAGUGGAUUUUGGCAUUUGGGACAGAGCCUAGGCAAUCUCUCUCUCUCUUGGCCUGGCCACUGGCUACCAGGUGUUUGCUUUGUGGAGACUAGAUGGACAGAUUCCUGGUGAAGGGGGCUGUCAGGGGCCUUAUGGGAAAGAGGGAGCAAGAGCAGACCGGAGGAGGCCCAGCAGGGCUGGCCGAAGAGGAGGGGACCAGCGGGAAAAAGCCCAGGAGAGCAGCCCCGGGGAGUGGAGUCCACUCGGCAGGCCUCAGCUGGAGGCACAUUGGAGCCGAGGGCCUGGACUGCGAUUACACAGUCCUGUUUGGCAAAGCCGAAGCAGAUGAGAUUUUCCAAGAGUUGGAGAAAGAAGUGGAAUAUUUUACAGGUGCGCUGGCCAGGAUCCAGGUGUUUGGGAAGUGGCACAAUGUCCCAAGGAAGCAGGCGACAUACGGUGACGCUGGGCUGACCUACACCUUUUCAGGCCUUACUCUGUCUCCAAAGCCCUGGGUCCCUGUCCUAGAGCGCAUCCGGGAUCGCGUUUCUUUAGUGACUGGACAGACCUUCAACUUCGUGCUUGUCAACAGGUACAAAGACGGCCAUGACCACAUUGGUGAGCACAGAGAUGAUGAGAGAGAACUGGCUCCUGGGAGCCCCAUCGCCUCUGUCUCCUUUGGGGCUUGCAGAGACUUCUUCUUCCGGCAUAAGGAUUCCCGGGGGAAGCACCCCUCCCGGAGGCUGGGGGUGGUCAGGCUCCAGCUGGCCCACGGAAGCUUACUUAUGAUGAACCACCCCACCAACACUCACUGGUACCACAGUCUCCCCGUCCGAAAGAAGAUUCUGGCUCCCCGGGUCAACCUGACAUUUCGGAAAAUCCUGCCUAUUGCAAAGUAAAAACGUUUUUAACGGCUAGUACUUCUGUUAGCUCUUUCCUUCUCUACUCCAAGAGGGAGCUGGCAUUUCCUUUACCAACAGGGAACAUGGAAAAGGUUUAACCCAAGCGCAGGGCUUCUUACAUACAAUGCUGAACUCAGAAACAGGAUGUUUGUAUCGAAUCGGUGGAUUACGAAAGAAUACCAGUUGAUUCUUUUCCUAACAAAAUGAUUCUUUUAUUGCUAUAAUACACAGCAGAUACAAAAGGUACUUUUAGCAAAAACAUAAAUCAGCAGUUAUUAUGGCAUAAACUACGAGUUUAACUUAGGUUUUUGCAGAAAGAAGCGACUUUGUAAAUAACUUAAAGCUAGAAAUAAGAGUAUUUGGCUGCUACUUAAUACCUAAUGAUUUACAGAAAAUGAGAAAGUCGCCUUUAAGUCAGGGGAAGAGGCUUUGCACGGAGAUCAUUCACAUUUACAACCGCGGCUCAAUCCCUCCGACCAAAGAUCUGCUUACAACUGAACCCUAAAAGGAUGAGCCCCGUUCAUGCCCGGCAUCUCUCUUUAAUGGCAGAUUGCAAAGCGUAAGCAGUGGCAGAGCAGCGGUUGCUCAAAGCUACAACUUUGCCAGAAAGGUUAAGGUCACGUGAUUGAGCAUUUGUUUCCCCCAGACGCGGGUACCACGGGGACGUGCCUUUCACCGUCAAAGCCGGGGUCUGUAAGGAGUCAGGAAGGGACGUCUGCUGUGAACAGACCAGAAGCUUUGUGCGGCUCCUUUCUCCCUGAGGUGUGUGGCCUGGAGAACUUCACAGUCCGUUCUGUCAAUAACGAGAGUUCCAAGUCCUCGGGAUGCACGCUGGGCCUGGGGGAAUGGGGAUCGCCUGGGCCUCUAGCGCUUUCAGCUGACGCCAAGGCCUUGUCUGGGAGCGUCUGCCAGCUGGUCCCCACCAGGGGAAGCACAGUCCUCAGCCCGACCUCAGGUGACCUUUUGGACGCGUCUGAUUACAAAUCUUACCUCUGAAGAGUCAGUCUGCAUUUGUUGUUGUUUUUUUUAAAUAAAAGAGCCUAGCUAAAACAUAGAUACCCCUGUGUCAUUGAAAUUCCUUCGGCCCUGGGCUGCCUUCAUUAGACUUACCUGAAGAGAGGGGAGGAUGCCCAA